CUGAGCAAAUCGAUGGGUGCUCUGUGUUAAUCCUCCACUCACCCACUAAGAUGCAAAACUAACAGUUCUUGCUGAGAGUCCACAUGUGGACAAAUCAAUUAUGUGUUGUGUGAAGGCAGCCGAGGAGAACAUUUUGGCAUGGUGGCACAGUGUGGCCAUGCCGCCCCAUUGAGAGGAGGAGGAGGAGAAAGAGAGGGGUCCCAAAUGGUUCAGGACUCACAGCUGUGAUAACAUUGUGUCAUAUGGAGGCUCCAAAAGCGAAACACUGAAAGGACGGACACAUUUAAGACUCAUUAUCUUCUAUUGAGUUCAAAAUGAAAUGAAAAUACUUACUGGCCCCAAUAAGAUCCAAUACAAGAAAUGUACGUUCACUUUUGAUUGACACUGUCAGGCAGGUAUUUAUAUCACAAAAUAUUUAUUAAAUGUGUUUAUUAUGGUGGUUGUAGUUUGCAGUAUAUAACUGCACCACGUCCUACUCAGGACUGUUUCUAAUUACUUGACCCAUUUGUGUAGCUAAAUAACCCAAAAAAACUGUCACUAUGAUGCCUACACCAUUAUAUACGACAAACCACAGUAAUAUACAUUGUGUUAAAUUUCUGUAUCUCUGACAGUGUCAAUUAAAAGUGAUCAUUAUUAUCUUAGUAAAGUUAGAAUUGUUGACAUUGUUGAGUUUGUAACAUAAAUGUGAUCCUGGAAAGUGCUAAUUUAUUAUUAAAGUAGUAGUAGUAGUAGUAGUGGGAGUAAUAACAGCAGCUGUAGUACAAGGCAUGGUGAGGUAGUAGUUAAGACAUAGUCCAGAGGUUGUAGGUUUGAAUCUUGGCUCAGGGGCUCCUGUGUGGUUCUCCCAGUUCCCAUAAACAUGCAUGUUAGGUUCAUUAAGCACUCUAAAUUGCCCAUAGGUGUGAAUGGUUGUUUGUGCCCUGUGAUUGACAGGAGAGCAAUUUAGGGUGUGCCCUGCCUCUCGCCCAAAGUCAGAUAUGAUAGGCUCCAGCUCAUGUGGAUGGAUCGCAGUAUUACAGAGGAAUUUAUAUUUUAUAUUCUGCUUUUCUUACUUCAACUCUCUUGUUUUGGAUUAUGUGCACGUACCUAAUGAAGUGUCAAGUUUCGGAAAAGUUCACCUUCCGAGUAUACAGUGCCAUAAUUUCAAUUGACGAUAUGAUUCACGUGCGGUGAUGCAUCAUGUAGAUUUCAGUUUGACCGACUUUGAACACUUCAUCGUGAGUCAUGGUGUAAAUUCACAAUGUUUCAUUCAUACUGCAAUAUGCAGCAGUCAACAUCCUGCGUGAGAGGAUAUGUACUACUCAUCUACGCUUCUCCCCCUUCUAAACUUCCUCUCAUACCAGAGGAAGCAGGGAGAGUUCUCCUCAUCUGAAAUGUGCAUCCUGCUCUCUGACUUUUUUUGGUGGAUUGUGCUGAUGGCCACUCGGAGGUUUGUCGAGAAUGUUUUUGCGCACUCGCAGAGACCAAUGACCUCAGCUGCUAAAAAUCCGACUGGCCCAGAAACAACACGUUCAGGUCUCGGCUUGGCUCGGGAUUGGAUGCGCUUUGUGGGCGACCUUGCUGCUGUGUCCACUUCUUCAGCUUAUUGUGUUUGUCUCUGUUUGGUUAUCCAGCUGUGUAUGGGAGAUUCCGGCGACCGCUUGCAGAACCGCGCGCAGCACGUGAUGCGCUCCCUGCAGGACCUGAAGCAGACGAGCAGGCCGAGGCCGCUCAGCGAGCCGUGCGAGCGCUCCUUCGCCGUGACCCGCUUGUGCAAGCAAAGGACCCAGCAGGAGCGACUCUCCAAGCAGCGCGUGUCGCAGGCCAGCGAGGCCAGCGCGUACGAUUCGGCCUGCUGUCUGGCCAACCCUCCGGAGGAAGAAGAAGAAGAACCCAACGAGCGCUUGGCUCAAGCUUCACUCAACAGUGAGAAGAGUUUGGACUUUGACUCUGGCUACUCAGAGGCCUCCUGGCACGAUGAAGGUGUUGUUUUGAGAAGGACGAGGAAUGUGCGGGUGUCUUCUUCUGCUUGCCUCCGAACAAACACGGGACCUUCGGGUCGGAUCCGGCCCAAAUCCACAUCGGACGCUUGCCUAGAGCGCUGGACCUCCUUUGAGGCCAGCGACCCAGAGGACUGGACUACAGGCUUGCUAAGCAAGAGUCGGAACAGACAGCCUCUGGUUCUGGGGGACAACAGCUUUGCGGACCUUAUUAAGAACUGGAUGGACCUACCAGAGUGUCCCGAGCCAGCAGAAAUAAAGCCCAGUGCCGGGCGGCGUCUCGCCAAGGACAUUUUAGUCAACAUGAAGCGGCGACUGGCCGGGAUGUCCAAAGGUGUGGAGAUGAGGCAGAAACCAGCAGACUCCACACGAGGGAGCAGGGCUGCCGAGGGCCCCAAACGGAUGUCCUGCCCUGUGGGACUCCGGUCGCUUAAACCUUUCUUCCACCAAUCACACACGGGCCUGCAUGCAAUCGACUCGGACUUCUACCACUUCGCCGCCCUCAUGAAGACGGGCAGCCGACAGCCCAUAAUAUGCAACGACAUCAUCGGUUACAUCUGACUCUAUAAGAUUGAUUUUUGUCCAAAAUAUCAACCCAAAUAAACCUUCCUUAUUUAA